AUGCUUGACGAGUCGUGUAAUAUUGAGGAUAAACAGCUGCUUCAGCACACUUUGAAUGAACUGAACGCAAGCUACGAAAAGCGUGAGGCUCUAUCCAGCAGCUAUUUCACCCAACUGCCUAGGGAUCACACCGACCUUCCAACCGCUCAGUCAUUGGUUGAGCCUGUCGAUCCGACCAAUGCUGAGUCAAAUUCGAACUAUGCCACGUCCGUAUUUACCCUCCUCACGGAGGCUUCGUGCCCUGCCAAGUCAGCCCUCGUGACCGGAUUAUAUCUUCCAAUCAACGUGCCAGGCGAUGAGGCCUUAUCAGCCGAAUGCGGCCGAGAAGAGGUCGGGCCAUCGUACCACGUGGCGCCAAGACGUCAGUCGGAGAGCCUCUACUUGGGCCUGAGACCAGAUCAAGUUAUGCGAGGCGUGACGUCACGCCAAAGCCAGCCAAGCCUGUACAGUCCUGUUGAUGGGCCGGUCAGUGCGUGUAGAGAUGACGGACAUCAGAACGAAUUAAAUCUCUCCACCGGAAUGAACACACGUGAAGAAGGAGACCCGACGGGCCGACGAAGGGUGAUGCGGUUGGAGGGAGACGGCGAGACAGAGAGAGAGGGAGAGACUGAGGGUGAGAGCGAGGGCAGUUGUGACGAGAUAGUGAAGCUAGACGAGCGAUCCACUUUCAACGGCAAACGGCAGAACCAGUACUUGUCGGGCCAAGUCUGCUGGUCGCCCAGUCCCCCUGCCCCCACCUACGCAUCCACACCGUUGGCGAGUAAGAACACAGGCUCAUCUGACUCUUGCAUCCUAUCCACCAAUCAAAAUCUAACCUCACCCUUGCAAGUCACCGACCUAUCCAGGCAGGUGGACGGCGGUGUUUUGACUGUGCCUUCGUCACAGAUGGGCGCAUGUACAGGCAAAAAGUCACCAUCUCCCAAUAACCUCAUACACACCUCCGGUAUUGUAUGUCUAGACAGCGGAAAUUCUGACUCAAUUCGCACCACUCCUGACGAUUCAUCUUCUCUUGCCACAUUCAGUCUGAAUGACAUCAACGGUGCACCGGAUUCACAGGCCAAAUUGGCAGGAUUACCACUGACUUAUUUGGUCAGCGCCAAUCAGCACAAUCCGUACACGUCAAGUGAUUCAGUCCCACAUUUGGUGUCUGGCUGUUUACUUCACUCGACCGGUGAGCCGGCUAAUCAACAAAUCGCCAAAUUCUCAACUGACCUGUCUCAUCCUCACUUUAUCUCAUCUCACACCAAUUGUAAAUAUGAUGCUUUACCGUCAAUACAGCCGUUACCCUCGAUAAAUGUUGUCUCGGAGAAGUUCGCCUCCGUGCAGUCAUGUGGCAGUCUUGAACACACGACAAUCAGGGACGGCAAUGACGAUUGCGAGAAUGGCCUACUUCUCGGCUUUGCGUCACCCUCGUCCGCAGCACUCGGCGUUCCCAACAACCCCGUGAGUGCGACGGCAAUGAAUUUUGUUCACUCAUUGUACUCAUCAGCGCCAGAUUAUAUUCAAUCAAGUGGUGAUGGUGUCCCACUCGUGCGUAAUCACUUCGGAAGAUUGGAGUUUAAAUCAAUGUGGGGCAACGGAGACAUUGAUCUAGCCAAUACUCCAAUGGCGACAGGGCCGAUUACACAAAAUCUGGCCCGAGAGGCCGACUAUGGUGAAACCGGAGCUCGUAGCUACUCGGGAGAAGGGUCAACUGAAGAAGAGGCUCAUCUACACAUUUCCCCUUCACGGCACUCGGAUCACAGUCGAGAACUGCAAACCCAGCAUAUGAUGCCAUCAGGACAACAGCAUCAGCAAGCGCAGCAGCAACAAAUUCCUAUGACCAAUUCGUUGUUAGAUAAGCCGAACGACCUAGGCGAGGCCGGUACACCUCGGCCUAAUUACUCCGAGGAAGACCUGGCUGGUGCACGAAAUGCAAUGCUCUUGUCAGGCCAGACUGCCGGGAUUGUAGACGUUAGACCUCAGACAAAUCCAAUUUACUAUGCACCAUUCGCCUGCCAACACGAGAUGGAUAUGAAACCGGAACUAAAGAGCUCAUUGACAGGUAGAUUUAAUAUAUUUGAAGGAGCAUAA